UAUGAACCACCAUAUAGCUAUAUAAGCUCAAAGAGGAGGAGAAAUGAGGUUAAUUGCAGUGUAUUAGAUGGCAAGGGAGGAAAUCUAAGAAGAAUGUGUGUUCAAGACUGCAAUAAUGUUCAAGCAAUUAUAAAAAGAUUUUGUAGGGGCAAGAUUCUAUAUGAUUAUUGUAGAUUUCGUAAGUGUUACUCAGAAACAAAUAUACAUGAGCUUACAAAAUCACUUGAUGUUAUAGAUGUUAAAUCACAGACCUGUGAUGAUAUGUACUUGGCAUAUUAUUGUAAUAGGUCAUAUCAGAAAUACUUUCAAAAUAUGCAAGAUAUAGAAAUGCAUCCUGUUGUUCAAGAGUCAUUCAAAACCAGGUUGCAUAUUAUGUCAAGAAAAGAUAUGUACAUUUAUGACCAGAAAGACUGGGAAAAGCAACAAAUGAAAAUGAUGGAGGAAGGUUUUUAUGAUUUGUCAAUCAAACAGCAUGUUGAAAAAGAAUUUUGUAUUCCAUUCAAUGAUGGAGACACCAACCAUUCAAAGGGUGCUUCUCAAAAACCACAGUAUUAUGAUCUUCAUUCACUCAGCAUUGGACCCCUCAAAGUCUCUGCCAAGUAUGAUCGAGGGAUUUUGCCGAAGCUAAGGGUUAUUUUCACAGCCAAAAAAUUUACUUAUGAGUAUGAACUGAGGUGUGGAAUGACCAAAAACCAUGAGCCUGACCCUUGCAUGGUAAGGAGUGUAUCUGGGCAUCCACUUCCUCAACUGCUCCUGACAGUUGACAUUCCUUUCAAGACAGUGCAAGCUUUGGCCAUUCAGUCAAAUAAGAAAUUGAAAUUGAAAGCAGUAUUCUAUUGGAAAAAAACGGCAGGCAAGCGUGGCCCUUCAUCCGAUUCCUUGCCGCAGACAGUAUCUGCUCGUACCACAAACGGUUUGGCAACGCGGCCUACCAUUGUCUCAAUGGAUGUAGGUGGAAGCCUCGUAGACAUCCAAAACAACAUGGAAGGUGCCCAGCUCUGCCUCACUACAGACGCCAGCAAAGUCCCGGUAGGAAUCCAAGGCAGACGACAGCUCAUGACAUGCAACAGAGAACUCCUGGCAGUACACCUGGCCAUUACCAACCUUUGCUGGGCAAAAGUCACCCUUUGCAACAUCAGCAUGACCAGCCCCUUGUCGUGCCCAAAGACUUCUUCCACAACAACGGCCCAAGCGACACUCAGCGAGAGGACCUCCGCCUGGGAGCCCGGCUAUUCGCCGCCAGUAGACCUACCCGUCGCACUCAUCACCCACCCUACACCCCAGCAGCAUGGCCGAGUUCGCCUUUCACCAUGA